AUGGUGAAGUUCGUGUGGAAGAACCUGGUAACUCGGUUCGAGUUGCCCAAGGCCAUUAUUACGGAUAACGGACCUCAGUUCACCGGUAGGAGGUUCCGGGAGUUCUGUGUAGGGCAUGACAUCCAGCUAAGAUUCAGCUCAGUCGCACACCCUCAGACAAACGGGCUGGCAGAGACCGGAACUGGAGAGUCCCCGUACAGCCUGACGUUCGGAACCGAGGCUAUCCCGCCAUUCGAGGUGGCUAUCUCCACCCUUCGGACGAGGAGCUACGACGAGGAAGUCUCAAACGAAGGACUUCGCGCCAGCCUCGACAUGCUCGAGGAGCGACGCGCCGACGCACACCUGAAGGCUCUCUCUUACCAGAGAGCCGUCGCAAGGGUCUACAACAGGAAGGCGAUCGUCGAAGGGGACCUCCUCGGGCAUGUCCACCCCUUGGUCCUCAGGGUGAGGAGCGAAAGGGUUCUCCUCCACCUCGAGACCUGGGUGGCGAGCGCGGAAGCGGGUCGUGGCGAUUCGGUACCCAUAUUCGAAGGAUACCCGCCCCGUCCGCGUCAGCCCAAGCUCGAACCCCUUCGACUUCUUGUAUGCCUCGAGGAGCUCCUUCUCCUUUACGGGUCGAAGUCGGGCCUCCUCCACCAGUGGGACGCUCCGGAGGAGUUCCGGCCGGAGCGGUUCGUGGGCAGCCCGAUCGACGUGAAGGGACACCACUUCGAGCUGCUGCCGUUCGGGGCGGGUCGGCGGAUGUGCCCCGGGAACAGCCUCGGCCUGAAGAUGGUGCAUCUGAGCCUGGCCAAUCUGCUGCACGGGUUCAAAUGGAGGCUACCGCCGGGGAUGACGGCGGAGGAGCUGAAUAUGGAUGAGAUCUUUGGGCUGACGACGCCGCGGAAGGUGCGGCUCCAGGCGGUGGUCGAGCCAAAGCUUCCGGCUCAUCUCUACGGCGCCUGA